AUGUUCUCCAAGACCGUCCUCCAGGCUCUUGCCAUCUCCGCCGUCGCCGCCGGCGUCUCCGCCCAGCAAUGCAACCAGAGCGGCCCCGGUGCCUCCCUCUUUAGCUCCUGCGGCCAGGUCCAGGGCUCCAUGAACGUCUGCACCACCGGUGCCGUCACCUCGUGCUCCUGCUCCGUCCUCUCCCAGGAGAUGGCCUGCUACUCCAGCUACAAGGAGAACUACUGCAGCACCUGGAACCACCAGAACGACUACUUCUCCGCCAACUGCGCCGCCAACUCGGCUCCCGAGAGCACCUCGAGCGCCAAGUCGGACAAGCCUGCGUCGACCAGCGCGUCGGCCACCUCGGCCGCCUCGUCCGCCUCCGCCUCCGCCUCCGCCUCUGCGUCCGCCUCCGCCUCUGCUUCUGCCAGCGAGGCCUCCGCCUCUGCCUCGGCCACGGGCUCCUCGGCCGCGUCGUCGCGCUCGUCUGCCUCUGCUUCGGCUUCUGCUUCGGCUUCUGCUUCUGCUUCGGCUUCUGCUUCUGCUUCCGCUGCCGCCACCGGCUCCGCAGGUUCGUCCGCCUCCUCUGCCGCCUCAUCCGCCGCCUCGUCUGCUGCUUCGUCUGCUGCUUCGUCUGCUGCUUCGUCCGCCGCGUCGUCCGCUGCCGCUUCGGCGUCGGCGUCGGCGUCGGCGUCGGCCAGCAGCGGUGCGGCCAGCGGGGCCAGCACUCCCGGCAGCACCCCCAGCGCCUCGGCGUCCAGCUCGGCUGACGGUUCGAACGCGGCAGGUGCCUUUGGCGUUGACUCGCUGCUCAUGGCCGGCGGUCUCCUCGCCGCCCUCUUCUAA